AUGUCACUUAAGGAGUCGGUUUCAAUUGAUGUUGGCUACCCCAUUAUGGGGGCCAAAUUCGUCAACAACAAGACGAUAUUGGUCACCGGUGGAGGAGGCGAGGGCAACAACGGUAUCCCCAACAAAAUCACGGCGGUCAAAUGCAGCUUCAAAGUGAAAGAUAGCAAGCGGAAACUACAGAAAUUCCGAGAAGUGCAACUACCAUCAAACGAGGACUCUCCGCAGUGUAUCGACACCACGAAACUCGUCGACGAAGGAGAGUUCAAUGUUGUUAUUGGGUGCAAUCAAAGCUCCCAGUUGAUCAAGUCGAUGAGCAUCAACAACAAUGUGAGAAAAUACUCCUACAACAAAGACGAGCACUUGACCUUUGUGGACGCGGCCCAGUUUGAAGAGGCAAUCAACGGCGACGCUGAGGAAUACCCAAAGAUUAUCAAGCUUGCCCAGGACAACAGUGUCGGGUGCAUGAUGACUUCGAGUGUGCCCUCGGUGAUAUAUUUUUUCAACCCCAAUGCCUUGGAGUUGAAGUUCAAGUACAUACCAGAACAGCCAGUUGAGAUCAAGGACUUUGCGUUGAGUCCGCGAGGUGGAGAAACUUUUUGUUACAUCACUCUGGACUCCAUCGUGACUUUGUCAACAAAGACAAACAUGACCACUUUUACUUCGAAAGCAAAUAUUGCGUUAAGCAAGCAAUUGCAAAACUUUGUUUUAUCAAAAGUUCGAUUUAUCAGCAAUGAGGAGCUAUUGAUUGCCGCCAGUGGCAAGGAUGGCAAGGGGGCGGUCUUGUUCAAGUACAAGCUCUCGACGCAGAAAAUCGUUCAGGAACAACAGCUUUCGAAAAAAUUCAACAAUGUGGUUGCCAUUGACUUGUCCAUUUCCCAGGACCUCGUGGCGCUAGCAGGGAACGAUUUAUCAGUCACCUUGGUUAAACUUUCAAAUUUAAAAGUCCUUCAUGUGUUUAAGAAAUUGCAUCCGUUUGCAAUCACAAGUGUGGCUUUCUCCCCGAAUGGUAAUAAAUUGGCCACGGGAAGUGCAGCAAAUAUCCUACACGUUGUGCGCAUCCCGCCGAAUUACGCCUCGGGCAAAUCACUUAUUGGCACCUUGUUGCAGUAUUUGUUCACAAUCAUUCUAGUUUUGGCAUUGGGAAUUGGAAUUCAAAAGGGACGCGAAAAUGGCCAAUUGAAUGAAUUGAUGCAGUACCUGGGCCAGUAUAGCGAAGUAGGCUUGGAAUAUGCAAAAGUCGGGUACCAGUUGGCGGAAAAAUACGGCAAGAUUGGGUACGACAUUGCCCAAGUUUACAUCGAGGACUAUGCAGUCAAGGCAAAAGAGUAUGCACACAAGGCGCUUGAGCUUUACGAGGAGUUUAGUAACAAAGACAAAGUUGGCACGGAAACUGCCUCUUCCACUUCCUCCUCUGCUGAUGCUGCUGUUGAUUCUGCUCCUGCGGAAAGCACAUUGAAUGACAUUGUGACAGAAGUAACAAAGGAUGUGGAGCAUAUUACAGGUGGCCCCAACUUCAAUAGUGAACAAUUUUUCGAGGAAGAGAUUGUCACUCAGUCUAUCAUUAGCAAGGACAAGACGUUGUCAUCGACAAAGGUUGAGACAGAGACAGAGACAGAAACUGUUAGUAGUUCCCCCUCAACUACCAUAGCAUCGAAAGCAUCUGUUGAGCCCAUCCAGUUUGAAGAUAGCCAAGUUGAACCAGCGGCAAAUGACACUGCUAUUGACGCUGAACUUUCACAAAACGUGAGUGAUACUCCCGUGGUCAAGGACAAACAAGUUGAACCUGAAGUUGAGUUGCCAGUUCUGGAACCCGUCGAUAAAAGUGCUGAGUUGCCAGUUGUGGAAUCGUCCAAAUCUCAAACCGAACCUCAAUCAUCCACUUUCACAGACGAUGUGUCAACAGAAACUGAAGUUGUAGUUGAAGUCAAAGAUGAAGAUGAAGUUGAAGAUGAAGUUGUAGUUGAAGUUGAAGUUGAAGAUGAAGUUGAAGAUGAAGAUGAGUUUGAAGAGGUUAUUGAGGAAGUGUACGAGACUGGCCCAGAGAAAGAUGACGAAACCAAGAUUGAGCAAACUGAAAGUCAACCCACUGGUGCCAAUGCACUGGCUGAUGUGCAUGAAUCCCCGGUGUUAUCUAAAGAGCCGGUAGAUAAUUCUGUUGAAAGCCUGGAGUCACCACUCGAGCACCAAGGAGACUCCGACACCGAGGUUAUCAUUGAAGAGCUCCUUCAAGAAUAUGAAACUGACGAGCAUACCCCGUUUAGUGUUGCAUCGAAAAUCGAGGAAAGUGAAGUUCCCGAAAUGGAUAACUUUGAUGCAGAUGAAGUCAUCGAGGAAGUGAUUUUGGAAGAAACCCCCGAUGAGAGAGAUUUGCCCGAGAUUCCAGAAGAAGUAGCACAAACACAGAUACUGGAGGCAACGAUUGAAGAUGCUACGGUUGAAAAAAUCCCAGAGAACACUCUGUCUGACGCUAGUGAGCAAGUGAAAGAACCUUCCGCUGCAAAUUUGCAACCUGUUUCAUCUUCCAUUGAGGUCUUGGUGGCUUCACAAGAAAUUGUUCCUACUGAGGAAGUUGUUGUUGCGGACAAAGUUGAGACUGAGGAAGUUGAUGAAGAGCCAAGUCGUCUGGGACAAAGCGAGUCCACCGUAUUGGUUCAGGAGACAGUGGUUGAACCAGAAGCUGAGGCUAUCGUCGUCGACGAGCCAAAAGCCAACACCAAAGAUUUGGAUUCAGAUGCCAAUGCAAAUGCUGCUGAAGAAAAAACAGCACUUGCCCUGGGUCUGACUGAAACCAGCUCGUCCCCUGCAUCAGCCUCAUCUCCUGAAGUGAGCAAAGUUGAGGCCAGUUCCAAUGAAAGAAAAAAACAAACAACUGAGUCCGAAAAAGUGGAAGCAACACCGGAAGAACCCGAGCCACUACCCAUUGAGCGUGAUACCGAAUCUCAAUCUGAGGCCGGAACCGGCCGUGACGAGCCAACACCAAAACCACAACCUGUGGAAGAGCUACAGGAACCGGCUGUCAAAUUGUCAACUCCAGCAGCAAGCCAAGCUGCAUCAUCUCUGGCGAAACUACAGCCCCCAGUGGAAGAAGCAUCAACCGUGACUCCAACUAAAAAGAAAACAAAAAAAGUUACCAGAACCGUGACUAAGCAAAGAGUUAAAACAAGUAACCCCGCUGAAAAGGAUGAACUUUAG